UGAAGGGUCAACUGUCACCUUGUGGCGUAGACGGGUCAACUUCAAGCACAUUUGGUCAUGGAUGUCACUGCAACUUUCACUCUGCCAAGCGAGCAUGCAGGUGAAGAGAGCCUGGAGAGGAUGCCAGCAACACCUCAUCUAGCUGUCAUUGGUUCCAUCCCGGCUGAAUGGAAGAUAGGGAAGGUGAUUCAACUUCCUAAAUCAGGAUUGUCACUGGUUGAGUCGGCAUCUCUGAAGAUCCUGCCUGCUAUGCUCGUUUCGUGGCUGUCGCCUGUGUUCAGCGCAUCUCCCGGCAUCAGUUGCGCGCUGCCGAUAGCGACCCCAUCGAAUGACAAGCUGGGUGCUGUGUCAAUUGCGCGAACCUGUUGCGUGAUCGCCCAUGAACGACACUCACCUACCGAACUCGCCUUCCUCCGGGCAGGCCAAUGGACGACUGCAUCAUCAGCUCUUGAGGAUUUAAGCAGCUGGCACGCCAACGCACUCUUCAGUGGGCAAGGGAGCAGCACCUUCAGAGCGGCUCCUAAUCGGCAACUUUUCAUCAUGCAGGACACCAGCACAAGCGUGCCUCUUCCAUGUGACGAUGCUGACAGCGACAUAAAAAGGGCAGAUCGACCAAGUCAAACUUCGUCAGUAAACAGCUCGCAAAGUGAUAUUGACAACCCUGGAUCUGAACGUUCGGAAAGGGAUGAAGAUUUUGCCUUCAUCCAGUUUGUCUUGUAUUAAAGUUCUUUUUUCCUUCUAUAUAA